UGUUGUUGUUGUUUUUUUUUCUAUAUCUUUUUAUAUUUCGCACAACGUCUUCGCCGCCGCGUUGCAGCAACAGCAAGUCUUUUUUUUUUUUGUUCAUCAUCAUCAUCGUCAUCUAUGAGCAAAAUGUGUUGACUCCCGAAAUACUUACAGCAAUUAUAUAAAAGCCAUUGAAAGGAUUUAUGCAAUUUUUGGAGCUGAUAUAUUUCUAAAACCAGUGCCAACAACGAUAGGAACAACAACAGUAACGUGCCAAAAACGAAAAUCCAAUCAAUUUUAUAUAGAGAGGGCAAGCCUUCUGGGAGCUGCAGCAGCAAUAAAAAGUACAACAACAGCUGCCAGCCAAAUAUAAAAGCUGCUCUUCAAUGUUGACUGAAAUGACCGACAUUGCGAGCUGCGCUGCGGCGAAACCCACAAAAUAAUGUGCUUGAAUUGAAGUGGCAAGCGCGGUUGACACCGAAACACACACACACACAAACAGAAACACACACACACAGACACACUCAGACACUUGAAUACUUGCGGAAUACAAUGGUCAUCCAGUGUACAUGUGAUUGCAAUUGCAGUGAUAGAGACGCCAAUACCCGCAACGCCAGCAACACCAUCUCCGCCUUCAUCACAUGCCACGGCCUGCAGAAGCAGCAGCAGCAACAGCAGCAGCACUCACGCACGCAUUACUCACGCACGGCCAGUGGCGAUGAUAUGGAGGAUAAGCAUUCGUAUUAUCGCCGACUAUCGAAUACCUCAUCAGCGCUCUACGGCAGUUGCCCCCAAUUACAGCAGCUCCAUCAACUACAACAACAACAACAACAACAACAACAUCCACGGCCGUUGGAGCACACCUACCAGACCCUCACAUUGAAUAGACGAUCACGGCCCGAGCUAUUGGAGCAUUGCCAGCAGCGUCUGUACUCCAGUUUAGUGCGGCCAAAGCAAAGAAGUCCAGUGUUGUGCAACAAAUCCUGGUGGGUCUCAUGCCCGCGCCUCUCCAAUCUCAGUCUGCAGUCAGUGCAGUCAGUAGCGGCAGCACGUCACAAGCCAUUGGCCAAUGGUGGGGGCUGCUAUUUCGGCUAUGAUACCCACGUCACUGACGAGGAGGAUUCGGCAUUUCCCGCCCUGGCCGAUCGAGAGUUUCAUUUGCUACAUCGCAAUAUACCGGCAUUGCGGCGAACUGGCGUCGACACAACACGCAUACGACAGUACUUUUAUCCGGACGGUGGCUGGGGCUGGAUUGUGUGCGGAGUCUCCUUCCUUGUGCACAUAUUAACCACAGGACUGCAGCUCAGCUAUGGCCUGCUAGUGUAUUACGCCGUGCAGCAUUUGCACAACACCAGUGGCAUCGAGCUGCUGGGCGCCUUAAGCUGGUCAAUUUCCAUGCUGGCUACACCAUUUGUGGUCUCGCUGUGUCGCAAGCGCUCCAUACGCCUGCUCUCGAUUGUGGGCGGCCUGGUCAUGCCACUGGGCAUACUGUUUACCUCAUUUGCCACGGAAUUCGGUCAGGUCGUUUUCAGUUAUGGCAUUGUCUUUGGCAUUGGGGUGUCCAUGGUGCGGGAAGCCUCCACCGUUAUGCUUGGCAAUUACUUUAAGCGGCGUCGUCAAUUCGUUGAAAUGGUGGCCAUGUCCGGCGAGGGCGUUGGCAUCGCUUUGUUCUCUGUCAUACUGAAAGAGGGCGUGGGCAAGGCGGGCUGGCGUUUGGGCUUGCAAAUUGUGGCCGCAUUAACAGCACUGAGUUUUUUCAUGGGCCUCAUGUAUCGACCGGCAUCGCUAUAUCAUCCGCAACGUCGCGCCAUCCAGCACUUGAAGAAUCAGCGCAAAAAACUGCGCGAAAAGAAGCCCAUCAUACCACACGAUGUUGACUCGCCCACAAAAUAUUUAUUUCUGGACAUAUCAUCACUCAAAUCGGUCACGGUCAAAAUUUUAUUAAUGACCUCCAGUGUGGCCUCCUUCGGCAUCUACACGCCCAUGUUUUUAAUGGCCUUGAACGCUGCCAAAGAGGGCUCCGAUGUGCAGGAGUUGGUGUUGUUACAAACAUUCCUGGGCAUCUCGAUGGCCUUGGGAGUGGUGCUGGCUGGAGCCUUGUUGCGCCGCUCCUUUGUGAUUAGGCAUUUUGUAAUAAAUACGAAAAUUGUGGCGCAGCUUUUUAUAUCGAUUGUGGCUUUGGCCAUACUCUUCCUAUCGUUCGUCAUGGGCUAUACGGGUCUCUGUAUAUUGAGCUGGAUUUAUGGCAUUGGGUUGGGCGGUUUUCAAUACUCUUUGAAGAUUUUGGCAUUGGAGCGCAUAAAGCUGAAACAUUUUUCCAAGGCCUGGGGCUUCAUACGGGGCGUUGAAUCGGUGCCUGUGCUCAUUAGUGUUCCGCUCACCUCCUUCCUCAACGAUUACUCGCUGAAAUAUGGACGCGCCGGCUACUACAUUUGCUCCGCCGCCGCCGCCAUAUCCGGUAUAAUAAUUUUCUUUAUAAGUGAGCCCCAACAGCAGCGUGGCCAAGCAAAUGGCCAUUUACCCACACCAUUGCUUCGGCAUUCCUCGGCGCGACAGCAUCGUCCGCACAUGCAUUUGGAUUACCCCUAUGCUGGUCAGUGCGGUGACUAUCCAGCGCCUGAUUUACUUAGUCGCAGCUGCAUAAGUCUGAAUCAAAUGGAGCCCCCCUACCACGCCAACCUACACACGCCAAUGCCGGCAAGUUACUGUCCACGGCUGGCGCCAUUUGUGCGCCCAUGCCAGCGUCAUGGACACCAACACCAACAACUGCAACUGCAACAACAACAUCAACACCAACAACAGCAACAGCACUUACACCAGCAACAGUUGGCCUGCCGCAGUCUGGACAUCCCUGAUGUACGACAGCAAUAUCAGCUGGGCCAGGGCAGCAUCGGAGCUCGCAUGGGCAAGAGAUUACAGCGCAGUCUGUCCUUCAUACAGCAGCACAACUGCUGCGAUGGCCAAAUGUAUUGCAGCUGGCACAGCACCUACGAGCUGGGCUGCAACAAGACGCCCAAGUCCAACGACAGACAACCACUUAUAUGCACCUGCAGUCCCAGCUCGAACUACGGAGCCAGCUCACGCAGUCGCAGCGUGCCCGAGGGCCUCUCAACCAUGUCACAGCAGUGUAACUGCCGACCCCACACGGCGCCCUCACGUGACUUCAUCUACGUGCCACAUGCAUAUGCCUCGCUGCAGCGUACACCCCAUAGACACACCCAGCCGGCUCCUGGACCGGCGGCCGGUUGUCAGCAGACACUGAGGGGCCAGGGAACACCGCAAUGUCGUUUGAAGCGCUCGCAGUCGCUGUGCCGGCCCGUGCAUUUUGUGGAGCAAAUCACCACCUCGGUCUAGUCUGAGGACUGUCCGCCCAUUGUCGAAAUGGCCCCCACCUGGUGCUUGGCUCCUUAGUUAUUCUUAUUAUGAUUACAAGCUUUUUCGUUAUUGUUGUAGUAGUAGUAGUCGUCGUCGUCGU